GACGCCGCACGUGUAGGGCCGCGUCAUUUGCACGCGAAAUCCGGACGGUAGAUUUGAGAAAGAAGUUCCAAUCCAACGGCUGAAAAAGGAAUAGAUGGUUCUUCUCCCUUUCUUCAGUGUUCUAUAAAAACUGAAAACCAGUCGGUGACUUUGACACAAGUUUCUCUGAAACCAAUUGUUUCACCAAUUUCUCUGUGCGUGGCUCUCACUGAUCUUCUCCUCUUCCAAAACUAGCUGAACCAUGUCGGACGAGGAGCACCACUUCGAGUCAAGCGACGCGGGAGCUUCAAAGACUUAUCCUCAGCAGGCUGGUAACAUCCGUAAGGGUGGUUACAUCGUCAUCAAGGGCCGUCCCUGCAAGGUGGUUGAGGUUUCGACUUCAAAGACAGGCAAGCACGGUCAUGCCAAAUGUCACUUUGUUGCCAUUGAUAUCUUCACUUCCAAGAAGCUCGAAGACAUUGUUCCUUCUUCCCACAAUUGUGAUGUUCCACAUGUGAACCGUACUGACUAUCAGUUAAUUGAUAUCUCUGAAGAUGGCUUUGUCAGCCUUCUUACUGACAAUGGUAGCACCAAGGAUGAUCUCAAGCUCCCAACAGAUGAAGCUCUUCUCACACAGCUCAAAGCUGGAUUUGAAGAGGGCAAGGAUAUUGUCGUCUCUGUCAUGUCUGCAAUGGGAGAGGAGCAGAUGUGUGCCCUGAAGGAAGUUGCUCCUAAGUGAUAAAGUAAGCAUUUUGCUCUGCUUCUCUUUUACAGAGGAUGUAUCAAUAUCAUCAGUUUGACAGAGUCAAAAUAUAUAAGAAAAAGUUUGGUCUUUUCUUUUCUUUUUCUUCCUAGUAAAUUACGCCCAUAUGUGUUUGAUCAAAGACACACCAUACCCAUCUUAGUAUUGGUUUUGGUUGUGGAUAAGUCACUGUUAACAGUUCCAAAGCUAUACUAUAGUAUUAUAACCA